AAAAAAAAAAAAAAAAAAAAAAAAAAGAGGCGCUGGCGAUUGAAUAACUAACAAUCUCACGAGAUUAACAGAUAUUUAGGACGGGAGAUUAAACACAUUUCAGAGUUAUUAAACCAAACUGUAAUCUGAUAAAAGCAACACACAAACGCACGAAAGAAGAAAAAAAGAGGAAUCAGCGUGUUGACAAAUCCGCGACAUCAGGAUGGAGUGGCAGCCGGACGAGCAGAGCCUCCAGCAGGUUCUCCUGCUGCUGAAGGACUCGCAGUCUCCAGACACGGCCACGCAGAGAGCGGUACAGGAGAAACUGGAGCAGCUCAAUCAGUACCCUGACUUCAACAAUUACCUCAUCUUCGUCCUCACAAGUCUCAAGUCUGAAGAUGAGCCGACUCGCUCUCUCAGCGGUUUGAUCCUGAAGAACAACGUGAAGGCUCAUUAUCAGAGCUUCCCUCCCGCCGUGGCCGACUUCAUCAAACAGGAGUGUCUCAACAACAUCGGAGACCCGUCGCCCCUCAUCCGCGCCACCAUCGGUAUUCUGAUCACCACCAUAGCGUCUAAAGGCGAGCUGCAGACGUGGCCAGAGCUUCUGCCUCAGCUCUGUAACCUGCUCAACUCUGAGGACUACAACACCUGCGAGGGUUCGUUCGGCGCUUUACAGAAGAUCUGUGAGGACUCGUCUGAGCUGUUGGACAGCGACGCUCUGAAUCGUCCUCUCAACAUCAUGAUCCCCAAAUUCCUGCAGUUCUUCAAACACUGCAGCCCCAAGAUCAGGUCUCAUGCUAUAGCGUGUGUGAAUCAGUUCAUCAUCGGCCGAGCUCAGGCUCUGAUGGACAACAUCGACACCUUCAUAGAGUCCCUGUUUGUGCUGGCGGGUGACGAAGACUCGGAGGUGAGGAAGAACGUGUGCAGGGCGCUGGUGAUGCUGCUGGAGGUCCGUAUAGACCGCCUCAUCCCGCACAUGCACAGCAUCAUUCAGUACAUGCUCCAGCGCACGCAGGACCCGGAUGAGAACGUGGCUCUGGAGGCGUGUGAGUUCUGGCUCACUCUGGCCGAACAGCCUAUCUGUAAAGAAGCCCUAUCAGGUCACCUGGUGCAGCUUAUUCCCAUCCUGGUGAACGGGAUGAAGUACUCGGAGAUCGACAUCAUCCUGCUGAAGGGUGAUGUGGAGGAAGACGAUACGAUCCCGGAUAGCGAGCAGGACAUAAAGCCGCGUUUCCACAAGUCUCGCACCGUCACGCUGCAGCACGAAGGAGGAGAAGGACAGGAGGACGAGGACAUUGACGAAGAUGAGGAUGAUGACGACGACACUCUGUCUGACUGGAACCUGCGUAAGUGUUCAGCGGCGGCGCUGGAUGUCCUGGCUAACGUGUUUCGUGAUGAGCUGCUGCCCCACCUGCUGCCUCUGUUAAAGGGGCUUCUCUUCCACCCGGACUGGGUCAUCAAGGAGUCGGGAAUUCUUGUGCUGGGAGCCAUUGCUGAGGGCUGUAUGCAGGGCAUGGUUCCGUACCUGCCUGAGCUGAUUCCUCACCUGAUCCAGUGUCUGUGUGAUAAGAAGGCUCUGGUUCGCUCCAUCGCCUGCUGGACGCUGAGCCGCUACGCCCACUGGGUGGUGAGCCAGCCGCCCGACGCACAUCUCAAACCCCUCAUGACGGAGCUGCUCAAGCGCAUCCUCGACGGCAACAAGAGGGUGCAGGAGGCCGCAUGCAGUGCGUUCGCCACUCUGGAGGAGGAGGCGUGCACCGAGCUCGUCCCCUACCUCAGCUUCAUCCUGGACACUCUGGUUUUUGCCUUUGGAAAAUAUCAGCACAAGAACCUGCUCAUCCUGUACGACGCCAUCGGAACCCUCGCCGACUCUGUGGGACAUCACCUCAACCAGCCGGAGUACAUUCAGAAGCUGAUGCCUCCUCUGAUUCAGAAAUGGAACGAGCUGAAGGACGAAGAUAAAGACCUGUUCCCCCUGCUGGAGUGCUUGUCAUCGGUGGCGACGGCGCUGCAGAGCGGCUUCCUGCCCUACUGUGAGCCUGUGUAUCAGCGCUGUGUCACGCUGGUGCAGAAAACCCUCGCUCAGGCUAUGAUGUACAGCCAGCAGCCGGAUCAGUACGAGGCUCCAGAUAAAGACUUCAUGAUCGUGGCUCUGGAUCUGCUCAGCGGAUUGGCCGAGGGUCUCGGAGGUCACGUCGAUCAGCUGGUCGCCCGUAGCAACAUCAUGACCCUCCUCUUCCAGUGCAUGCAGGACACGAUGCCGGAGGUGAGACAGAGCUCUUUUGCUCUGCUGGGUGAUCUGACCAAAGCCUGCUUUCCUCAUGUCAAACCCUGCAUUGCUGAGUUUAUGCCGAUUUUGGGGACGAACCUGAACCCCGAGUUUAUCUCCGUGUGUAAUAACGCCACGUGGGCUAUCGGGGAGAUCUGCAUGCAGAUGGGGGUGGAGAUGCAGCCGUAUGUGGCUCUGGUUCUUCCUCACCUGGUGGAGAUCAUUAAUAGACCCAACACUCCCAAAACGCUGCUGGAGAACACCGCUAUCACGAUUGGUCGGCUGGGUUACGUGUGUCCACAGGAAGUAGCUCCGAUGCUGCAGCAGUUCAUUCGGCCCUGGUGCACGUCGCUGAGGAACAUCCGAGAUAACGAGGAGAAAGACUCCGCCUUCAGGGGCAUCUGUGUGAUGAUUGGUGUAAAUCCUGGAGGUGUGGUGCAGGAUUUUAUCUUCUUCUGUGAUGCCGUGGCCUCCUGGGUCAAUCCCAAAGAAGACCUCAGAGAAAUGUUUUACAAGAUCCUGCAUGGUUUUAAGGACCAGGUCGGGGAGGAGAAUUGGCAGCAGUUCUCAGAGCAGUUCCCUCCCAUCCUGAAGGAGCGUCUCUCCGCAUGCUACGGCGUGUAGAACCCACCCUACACACGCACAGCACGAUCACGCGCUGUCAGUCAAAUCUUUAGGAGGGUUACCGGGGGGAAACUCAUCCAUCUGUGUAUUGCACUGCCCUGAUCGUGGGGGAGAGGGACGCGAUUGGCCGCUCCGCCUGACGGACAGCCCCCACGACCCUGUGUGUGUCUC